GGCAGGCAGAGAGCGUGUGUGAGGGAGAGCUGCAGCGCUUCCCUCAGUGUGCCUCAGUAGCUCUCUGCACAUCCCCGGGACCCUGGCAGCACGGUCUCUGAGAAUCUCUGUCCUUCGCUGAACCGGAGCCCACCUCUGCCGUCUCUCUCCCGCUCGGCCUCCCCUCCCCGGCGCCAGGUUCGGCUCUGAGGCUCUUCACUUCCCCCCUCCGUGAGCAUCGGUGGCCUGCGUCCCAGAAGGGAAGAGGCCCACACCUGCACUGACCGUCACUCACCACCAGGGGAUUCCCAGUCUGCUUUAUAAGUCGUAAGGAGUGCCCACGCCCUGCCGCAGUCGAGAUGGCGGACGGACGGCAGCCCCAGGACAGCGGGCCACAAUGGGGCCCCCCAGGAGCCCAGGGCCAGGCGCCCCCUGCUGGACACAGUGAGAAUGGCUUCUCCGCCUACAGGACCUGUCAGCCCGGAGAGGGCCCCGCCCCCGGCUCCGCCUCAUACUCUGCCACCAAAGAGAACGGCUUCAACGGGGACCUGGCCGGGGGACACCCGGUCACCGCCGUGGAAGACUCCGCCAACCUGCCCCCGUCCCCUCCGCCCUCUCCGUCCGCUGAGCAGUUCGGACCCCUGGAACAAGACGUAGGGGACGAGGAGGAGGCACGCCCUCUCCAACGCUUCCAAAAUUCUCGGGAGAGGUGCAGGUUCCUCGCCCCCUCCAUCUCGGUGUCUGUGCCCGAGGAUGAGCCCUCGCACUCCGAUGAGGAGUACUUUGAGCACCCCUUGUUCAGCCCAGAGUGGACGCGGUAUGGCUACUGCCCCCCCUCGGGGCAGGCCGCCGUCUUUAGGCAGAUCGAAGUCCUUACGUCUCCACUGCUUCCUCUUUCCGAAGAGGAGCUCACAGAAGCCGAGGAGGAAGAGGAGAUUGCAGAGGCAGCUCCUGAGGAGCAAGAGCGGCAGAGCAGUGGGGAGGAACCUGAGCAGGGGCCCGAGGCGGAGCCCUUAGAGCAGGCAGAGAACUUAGGCGAGGUCCAGGCUCAGCCCUGUCUACAGGCCGAGGCAGCUAGCGUUCCCCCAGAAGCCCCCAAUGGGAGUGGCAAUGAGGCAGGGUUGGACAAGGGUCCCGAGGAAGCCCUGAAGAUGGACGAGGGGAGGCCAGACAGCAUGCAGGCUGCUGCCGCCAGCUCAGACUUUGCAGAGAAAGAUCUGGAAGAACACUCCGCCUCGUUCAGCCCAGCACCACUCACUUCAGAAAAAGAAGAAGAAGAAGAGCCCUUUAAACCUGCUCUAGAGAUCCCAGUCAAUGGUCAGAAACACCCCAAAGUGGCCACUGAACCAUCCUCCAAGCAGCCUGACACGUCAACCCAACCCCCCGCUGACCACUGGAAGGGGCAGGAAUUGACCGAUGCCUCUAAAGUAAGCUCAGAUGAGGAGGAUAGGCCUGUCCUUCAGGAGCAGGCCCCUCUGGAAGCGCUCAUGGGCAGUGGUCAUAUCCACUCUAAGGACAGCCAGGAUGAAGAGCAGAUAAUAAUGGAUGUCAAACCUCAGAGUAUGGGUGGAGAAAGGGAGAUGGAAGUCAAAUCUGAUGAGGAAAAGACAAAGGACGUGGAAAUCACAAUGGUGGGUGGAAGUAAGGAAACUACUGAAAGGAAAGAAGUUGCAUUUAGUUCAGAUUUUGAGGAGGUGGAAGCCCAGCAGGGAGCCUCGAUUGCUAGACCUGUGGAUGUGUUUGGAAAGCGAGAGGCAAAGGGCCAAACUGUCCCCAUGGACACCAAAGGUGAAGUGGAGAUCUUUGAUCAAGGAAAAGCCAUCAGUGAAAAGGAUGACUUGAAGUUGCACAUGGACACUGCUGAUCGAUUGCAAGAUGUGGAUAUUGAGCAGGACAAAUCAGGAAUGUCUGCGUACUUUGAGACGUCAACUCUGAAGGAAGAUGAAGAUAGGGGGCAAGGGGAAGGGUACUAUGAGCUUAGUGAUGCCAGAGAAAAGAUUUCUGAACCAGUCUCCACUCCUUCACCUCCUGAAAUUGGGUAUACCACACUGACACAAACGCAGUCCCCAGAAGGGGAUGCCAGGAUGAGCCCUGUGGAAGAUCAUGGGCCCGUUCCAGUCACAGAGAGGAGGGAUGAGCUGUCAAUUGGAAAGCUGUCUCUGGAGCAGAGGAGUUACUCCUUAAACAUCUCCAUCGCACCAAUGGAUCAAAGUGGAGGGCAGGGGCAGCCAAAGAAUUUCUCCCCAUUGGCCACAGAUAUCAUGUCCUAUACAAGUGGAAGUCUGGAUGAGUCUGCAGAGUACCUUCCAGUAACCACCCCUUCUGUGGAAAAGAAACCAAAUUUCCCUCCGAUGAUUCUUGAAACCGCUCCUUCAUUUGCCUCUCCCCCAACCUCCCCACCAGCGGUCACAACCAGUCCAAAGACAAGCUCUCAGCCUGAGUCUCCAGUAUUACCCUUCCCAAUGAAGUUCAACCACAGAAAUGGUACCGUGAUGGCCCCUGACCUGCCUGAGAUGUUGGACCUAGCAGGUGUCAGACCAAGGCUGACAUCUGAUGGUAGUGACUCAGAAAUGAUGAGGAGGAAGUCUGUCCCUGCUAAUGUGCUCAUGGGUGAUUCCUUAGCUAAAUUAGUGCUAGGUGAUCAGAGCCAAACGGCAGCAAGAAGCGAGAGCCAGUUGGAAGAACUGGGCUACUGUGUUUUUAAUGAGUACUCUGGCCCAAUGCCCUCCCCUGCUGAUGUACACAGUCCCUUGGACUCUCCUCCCAAAAUCUUCCCCACAAUUAUGUCAGAGAAGGAUCAAGGUAUGAAGGAGCUAAUGACAGUGGAAGGGGAAGUUACAGAAGCACAAGACCAAAAAGAAGUAGCAGAACAAAAAGAAGCCAAAGAAAAGACAGAGGAAGAAACUGAAAUGCCCAAAGACGUAGAGGAGGAUGAAAGUGAAUAUGUGGUUGGAGAAAAAACUGUAUUGUUUGAAGCACUUGCCGCCAAAGACAGUGAAUCUACACCUGUGAUCAAACCUGCAGAACUACUUCUGGAAAAGCCAAAGGAUUUCAGUCUGAAGACUAGCCUGACUAGUGACAUCAAAGGUCAAAUCAUUCCUGAGGUGGAGGAGCAAGACCUGUCAAGGGAGGCAUCUCCUGUGCCACCAGAUAGAUUUGGGACAGAGGCUAUGGAAAGUCAGCCAGAUAGACCAGUGACACCGACUGUUACAAUCACCCUUGAUGAAACAAAGCCUGAGAUAGACAGAGAUGCCCAACUAGCAACCCAGGCUGAAAUAGCCGACGCCGAAAACAAAAUCCGUAAGUUGGAGAUGGAGAGCAGGCCUUUGAGCGUGGAGGAGGAACGUGAGCUCCAGGAGCUCAGAGAAAAAGUGAAGGACAAGCCAGACUUAGUACACCAGGAGGCCUACGAGGAGGUGGAUGCUGAGGAUGUCUACCAGCUCACGGGUGUUGCAAAAGACAGAAUUGCAAAACCCGUAAAACCUUCACCAGCAUCAUCAGUAGAGAGUGCUACAGAUGAGGAGAAAGUAGAUGUUCUUGAACAAGAGAAGGUUCAGCAACCAAGCAAACAGCUUUCUACAGAUGAGGAGAAAGUCGACGGUCUUGAACACAAGAAGGUUCUUCAACCAAAGGAACAGCUUUCUACAGAUGAGGAGAAGGUAGAUGCUCAUGAACAAGAGGAGGUUCAGCAGCCAAAGGAGCAGCUUUUUACAGAUGAGGAGAAGGUAGAUGCUCAUGAAAAAGAGGAGGAUCAGCAGCUAAAGGAGCAGCUUUCUACAGAUGUGGAGAAAGUAGAUGCUCCUGAACAAGAGAAGGACCAGCAGCCAAAGGAGCAGCUUUCUACAGAUGAGGAGAAAGUAGAUGCUCAUGAACAAGAGGAGGACCAGCAGCCAAAGGAGCAGCUUUUUACAGAUGAGGAGAAGGUAGAUGCUCAUGAACAAGAGGAGGAUCGGCAGCUAAAGGAGCAGCUUUCCACAGAUGAGAAGAAAGUAGAUGCCCAUGAACAAGAGGAAGAUCAGCAGCCAAAGGAGCAGAUUUCUACAGAUGUGGAGAAAGUCGAUAUUCAUGAACCAGAGCUUCAGCAAUCUAAGGAUCAGGUCCCUCUGGAAUUAGAGGCAAUAAAGGCAGAUACUCUAGAGGGAAAUGCCCCAGAAGCAUCUUCACAGCCUGCUAUAGGUACCUCUACUGCCCCAGGAGCACAUAGUGAGCAAGAGGAUGAAGACGUAGAACUGGCUGAAGAGCCUGAAGAAGUCAUGGAGGAAGUCCAAGCAUCAGUAUGUCUGGGAAAGGAGAAGGAGCAGGAGGGGCUUGAGGAGGCAGAGCUUGUUGAAGGUGCAAAAGCAGCUGCUGUGGAGACAUUGGAGCCCCGAGCCAUCAUUGAAUCAGUGGUCACUGUGGAAGAUGACUUCAUCACGGUAGUGCAAACCAUCGAUGAGGGAGAACAAUCCGGACACAGCGUCCGCUUCUCUGCCCCACCUGAGGAUGACCAGGUACAAGUUCACCCGGAGGAGGAAGAAGAAGAAGAAGAAGAAGAAGAGGAAUCAAUUGAAAUAGCCCAAGAAGUUGCUCUGGAAGCUGCCAGUCUUGAGGAGAUUUCAGAUGUCCCAGAAGUUCCUGAGAUGACCACCUCCCCCAUGAAGGAGGCGGCAUCAGAGAGCGAGCCAAAAACAGAGACGGAUGACUACAGAGACGAGACAACCAUCGACGACUCCAUCUUAGACACAGACAGUGCCUGGGUGGACACUCAAGAUGAUGACAGGAGCAUUGUGACAGAGAAAAUUGAACCGCUCCCCAAAGUGCAGAGUCCCGUCGUCUCGAGGCCGUCUGCGGACAAGCACAUGCGGGCGAAAUCCGCGGGCCGAGCGAGGGCGCGUGUCUCCACCCCCGAGCGCCGGCCCGUCCGGAAAGAGCGCAGCUCCGGGCCCAGGGACGAGGGCAGGAAGAAAAAAGCUGUGAUUAAGAAGGCUGAUCUUACUAAAAAAUCAGAGUCUCAGACGCGCUCUCCCUCCCGGAAGAGCGCUUAUAGGCCUGCGGCCAGACAGCCCAGGCCAGCCCAGCACGUCAGUGCUAAACGGAAACCCGCAGUUCUAUCAGUCUCUCCAGCCAUCGGGGUGGCAGAAGGGCGGCAGCCGCUCAGCGUUGCCCAUAAGUCCCGGGAAAGGACCGCGGAUGGCAGCUCACGGAGCCCAGAGAAGAGGUCCUCCCUGCCCCGGCCUGCCUCCAUCCUGACCCGGAGAGCCCCUCCGGCAGACCAGGAUGAGACCUCCACCUCCAUCACCAGCUCCGGCUCCACUGCCCCCCGCCGCCCCACCUCAUUUCGCACUGAGGGCCGGGCAGAGCACAGGACCGGACGGGCCCCCACUAUGACAGGGACAGAGUCCACCCGCUCGCGCUCGGCCCGCAGCGGCACCUCCACUCCCCGCACCCCCGGCUCCACGGCCAUCACCCCCGGCACCCCGCCCAGCUACUCCUGCCGUACCCCGGGCACCCCCCGCACCCCUGGGACGCCCAAAUCCCUGAGCCUGCUGCCCCAGGAGAAGAAGGUGGCCGUCAUCCGCACGCCGCCCAAGUCGCCCGCCACCACGCCCAAACAGCUGCGCGUGCUCAACCAGCCGCUGCCCGACCUGAAGAACGUCAAGGCCAAGAUCGGCUCCACGGACAACAUCAAGUACCAGCCCAAGGGGGGUCAGGUUUUAAUCCCCAGCGUAAAGCUGGACUUUAGCCACGUUCAGUCUAGGUGUGGCUCCCUGGACAAAAGGCAGUACACUACAGCUGGUGGAAACGUGUACAUUCAGAACAAGAAGAUAGACCUGAGCCACAUCACCUCUAAGUGUGGAUCAAUGGACAACAUUCAUCAUCGGCCAGGUGGUGGUCACAUACGUAUCGAGAGUGUGAAAUUAGACUUCAAAGACAAGGCCCAGGCCAAAGUGGGCUCCCUGGACAAUGCUCACCACACACCUGGAGGAGGAAACAUCAUGAUCGAGAGCCACAAGCUGGGCUUCCGAGACACGGCGAGGGCACGCGUGGACCACGGGGCCGAGAUCAUCGUGACCCAGUCCCCGCGGCUGUCCGGCACCACCUCUCCGCAUCGCCACAGCAACAUGUCCUCCUCGGGCAGCAUCAACCUGCUGGAGUCUCCGCAGCUGGCCACGCUGGCUGAGGACGUCACCGCUGCGCUUGCCAAGCAGGGCUUAUGAGCAACUCCCCACUCAGCACCCCGCCUUUCCCCCAAUGUC